AUGGACUUAUUCAUUGUGCUGCAUGCCUUAAUCAAUGCAGUGACUUGCCAGGCCUGGAAACAUGAGACCCUCAAAGGAUAUCAAGGUGGUGUGAAUUGUUUUUUGGCCUUCUGCUCCUCCAUCAACCUUCCUGCAUCCCUGCCCGUCCCCGAAUGGAUUCUGUGCGUCUUUGCAGCCCAUCGUGCGGGUACUUGCUCAGGCUCUGCCAUUGCAAAUGACAUCUUCAGUCUUCAUGCUUGGCACAUCUCAAACGGGGCUCCUUGGCUUGGUGGCACUUGCUUGAAAUAUGAUCUCCACUUGGCAAAGUGUCUCAGACCUGACUCUUCAAGACACCCUUCAUGCCCUCCAGUCACCUCUGAAAUGCUCGACAUUCUGCAUGCCUCCCUUGAUAUCUCCACCCCUCUCCAUGCUUGUGUGCUUGCAUGUGCAGACUCAGUCUUCUGGGGGCAGAGCCACCUGGGCGAGUUUCUCCCCACCUCUCAAUCUUGUUUCUCUCUCAACUUCUUUCCCACUUGCAUGGUCUUUCAUCCUCAGGGGUAG